UUCACGCAGGUUAGCGGAGGACGCGCAGCGUCGCCGCUACACUCAGAGCCACUUACUGACACACGGACUAGACUUUUGGAUUUUCGGGCUUUCCCGGAGGCGCGCGAGGGACCACGGACCCGGGAGGGAGAAGCCCCGUGACGGAAGCAUUAGAGACCGGAAUGGCGGACCGGGACCCGCACGCGCUUCCCGCUGAGGUGCGGACCAAACUGGCCGAGCUGGAGCUGGAGUUGUCCGAGGGUGAUAUCACACAAAAAGGCUAUGAAAAGAAGCGAUCCAUGCUAAUUGGAGCCUACCUCCCUCAAGUACCAGGAAUGGAUCCAUCCAUUGGCCAGGAAAGGAGAGCACCCGUCACCCCCACCUCAUCAUCCCGAUACAACCGCCGGCGGUCCUCUGGCUCCAGAGACGAACGCUACAGAUCAGAUGUGCACACAGAGGCCGUCCAGGCUGCCCUGGCCAAGCACAAAGAAAGGAAGAUGGCGGUUCCAAUGCCAUCCAAGCGGCGGUCGUUGGUGGUUCAGACCUCCAUGGAUGCCUACACACCCCCAGACACUUCCUCAGGCUCAGAGGGUGAAGGGCAGGGCGAGGGUGAUGAGGAAGAAGGUGGAGAUGGAGAAGAAGAGGACGGUGGAGGCGGUGAAGGGACCUCAUCCAGUCGGGAGGGGAGCAUCAGUAUGGAGCACUGGAUUAGCCGAGCCAUCCACGGCACGUCCUCAACCACGACCACCACGUCAUCCACGGCCUCCUCCUCGUCUUCGUCCACACGCAGCGGGGGCAACGGGGCCGCAGCGGGUAGGCUGGCCGAUGUUCUGGCUCAGCACGUCUACAUCUCGGCUCAGCACCGGAACCGACACCACCAUCACCACCGCCACAAGACAGGCUUUUUGGCCCACCUCUCCUUAAGGAAGAGGAGGAGGAGGAGGGCACUUCCAGCCGAUGUGGCAGAGAUCGGAAGCUCUGCUCCACAGCGCUCCGAGAACCACUCCGCCCCCCCAGAUGUCACAGGCUACACCAACACAACCACCGACGGGAUCCAGGUGGAGAGAGCUCCGGUCUCCGUCACCUCAGCCCAAAGGCAGACGCCCAAGUACGGCAAUGCUGAGCUCAUGGACACCGGAGACGGUGUUCCAGUGAGCAGCCGAGUUUCAGCAAAAAUCCAGCAGCUCGUCAACACCCUGAAGAGACCCAAGCGGCCGCCGUUACGGGAGUUUUUUGUGGACGACUUUGAGGAGCUCCUGGAAGUUCAACAGCCAGACCCUAACCAGCCCAAAGCAGAGGGGGCCCAGAUGGUUGCUGUGCAGGGGGAGAAGCUGGGGGUGGUGACCAACUGGCCCCCAUCUCUUGAGGCGGCUCUGCAGAGGUGGGGCACCAUCUCUCCAAAAGCCCCCUGUCUGACCACUAUGGACACCAACGGCAAACCACUCUAUGUCCUCACCUACGGUAAACUGUGGUCCAGAAGUGUGAAGGUGGCCUACAACUUGCUGCACAAGCUGGGAACCAAACAGGAACCACUUGUUAGGCCUGGAGACCGGGUGGCGCUGGUCUUCCCAAACAAUGACCCUGGUGCUUUCAUGACGGCGUUUUAUGGCUGCCUGCUGGCAGAGGUCGUUCCUGUGCCAAUAGAAGUGCCGCUUAGCAGAAAGGACGCCGGCAGCCAGCAGAUCGGCUUUCUGCUGGGGAGCUGUGGAGUCACGGUGGCCCUGACCAGUGACGCUUGCCAUAAAGGCCUACCAAAGAGCCCCACAGGGGAGGUCCAGCAGUUCAGAGGCUGGCCAAAGGUGCUGUGGUUUGUCACGGAGUCCAAACACCUCUCCAAACCGCCCAGAGACUGGUUCCCGUAUAUCAAGGAAGCCACUCAGGACACGGCCUACAUCGAGUAUAAAACGUGUAAAGAUGGUGGCGUGCUUGGCGUGACAGUGACGAGAAUUGCCAUGCUCACACACUGCCAGAGCCUCACACAGUCCUGCUCUUACACAGAAGCUGAGACCAUCGUAAAUGUUCUAGAUUUCAAGAAGGAUGUGGGGUUGUGGCACGCCGUCCAAACAAGUGUGAUGAACAUGAUGCAUGUCAUCAGUAUUCCUUACGCUCUCAUGAAGGUGAACCCACUGUCCUGGAUCCAGAAAGUCUGCCUGUACAAAGCUAAGGUGGCAUGUGUGAAAUCGCGGGACAUGCACUGGGCUCUGGUGGCCCAUCGGGACCAGCGAGACGUCAACCUGAGCUCGCUGCGCAUGCUGGUGGUGGCUGACGGUUCAAAUCCAUGGUCGAUUUCGUCCUGUGACGCCUUCCUGAACGUCUUCCAAACGAAAGGUUUGAAGCCGGAGGUCAUCUGUCCCUGUGCCAGCUCCCCCGAGGCGCUGACUGUCGCCAUACAGAGGCCCCUGGAGGAGGGCAGCACGCCACCUGGGCGGGGCAUCCUUUCUAUGCAGGGUCUAAGCCACGGCGUAAUCCGGGUUGACUCGGAGGAGAAACUGUCAGUCCUGACGCUGCAGGACGUCGGUUCUGUCAUGCCCGGAGGUGUGAUGUGUGUGGUAAAGCUCGAAGGCGUUCCUCAGCUCUGUAAAACCGACGAGAUCGGCGAGUUGUGUGUUUGCACUGUUGCCACGGGAACCUCGUAUUACGGCCUCAGCGGCAUGACCAAGAACACCUUUGAGGUCUUCCCCUUGGCCAACGAUGGCUCCUCUAUCAGCGACCUUCCCUUCACCAGAACUGGUCUGCUGGGAUUCAUCGGACCCGCAGGUCUCAUCUUUGUUGCCGGGAAGAUGGAUGGUCUGAUGGUGGUGGGAGGACGCCGGCACAACGCGGAUGACAUCGUUGCUACGGCGCUGGCUGUGGAACCCAUGAAGUUUGUGUACAGGGGGAGGAUAGCAGUGUUUUCCAUCACAGUGUUGCAUGACGAGAGGAUUGUGGUUGUCGCUGAGCAGAGACCAGACUCCACGGAGGAGGACAGCUUCCAGUGGAUGAGCAGAGUUCUGCAGGCAAUAGACAGCAUACACCAGGUUGGGGUGUACUGUUUGGCCCUGGUGCCCUCCAACACCCUGCCAAAGACUCCCCUGGGUGGCAUCCACUUAUCAGAAACCAAGCAGCUGUUCCUGGAGGGGGCGCUGCACCCCUGCAACGUGCUCAUGUGCCCGCACACCUGCGUUAUCAACCUGCCCAAACCCCGGCAGAAGCAGCCAGAGAUCGGCCCUGCGUCUGUCAUGGUGGGUAACCUGGUGUCGGGGAAGAGGAUUGCUCAGGCCAGCGGCAGGGAUCUGGGUCAGAUCGAAGACAAUGACCAGGCAAGGAAGUUCCUCUUCCUGUCUGAGGUGUUGCAGUGGAGAGCCCAGACCACUCCAGACCACGUCCUGUACACUCUCCUUAACUCCAGGGGUACGAUAGCCAGCUCGCUGACUUGUGUUCAGCUGCACAAGAGAGCAGAGAAGAUCGCAGCCAUCCUGGCUGAACGGGGCCCCCUGCAGGAUGGAGACCACAUUGCACUGGUCUACCCUCCAGGGAUCGACCUCAUCGCUGCGUUCUACGGCUGCCUUUACGCUGGCUGUGUGCCCAUCACUGUGCGGCCGCCUCAUCCGCAGAACAUUUCCACCACUCUGCCCACCGUCAAGAUGAUCGUGGAGGUGAGCCGAUCCGUCUGUGUGAUGACCACGCAGGUCAUCUCCAAGCUGCUGAGAUCCAAAGAGGCAUCAGCGACCGUGGAUAUCAGGACCUGGCCCCCCAUCAUUGACACAGAUGAUUUGCCCAAGAAGAAACCUCCUCUGCUGCACAAACCCUCAAAUGCGGACACCUUGGCCUACCUGGACUUCAGUGUCUCCACCACCGGCAUGCUUGCCGGGGUCAAAAUGUCUCACGCAGCCACCAGUGCCUUCUGCCGCUCCAUCAAGCUGCAGUGUGAGCUGUACCCGUCCCGAGAGGUCGCCAUCUGCCUGGACCCGUAUUGUGGCCUCGGCUUCGUCCUCUGGUGCCUUUGCAGUGUGUACUCGGGUCACCAGUCCAUCCUGAUCCCCCCGUCUGAGCUGGAGGUGAACCCGGCUCUGUGGCUCUCAGCCGUCAGUCAGUACAAAGUGCGGGACACUUUCUGCUCCUACAGUGUCAUGGAGCUCUGCACCAAAGGCCUCGGUCUACAGACCGACUCACUGAAGUCUCGAGGCCUGGACUUGUCUCGAGUGAGGACCUGUGUUGUUGUGGCAGAGGAGCGUCCCAGGACAGCCCUGACCCAGUCUUUCUCCAAACUCUUCAAGGAUUUGGGGCUCCACCCUCGGGCCGUUAGCACCUCCUUCGGCUGCAGAGUCAACCUGGCCAUCUGCCUGCAGCCUCACAGGCUGGGAAAGCUAGCUGAUCAGGGCACAUCAGGACCCGACCCCACCACGGUUUAUGUGGAUAUGAGGGCGCUGCGGCACGACAGAGUCAGGCUGGUAGAGAGGGGGUCUCCACACAGUCUGUCCUUGAUGGAGUCUGGAAAGAUCCUGCCCGGAGUUCGAAUCAUCAUCGCAAACCCAGAGACUAAGGGACCAAUGGGGGAGUCGCAUCUGGGAGAGAUCUGGGUGCAUAGCGGUCACAACGCCAGCGGAUACUUCACCGUGUACGGGGACGAGGCGCUGCAGUCGGACCACUUCAGCUCCAGGCUCAGCUUUGGAGACACGCAGACCGUCUGGGCUCGGACCGGGUACCUGGGCUUCCUCCGCAGGACGGAGCUCACAGACGCCAGUGGAGAGCGCCAUGACGCGCUGUACGUGGUCGGCGCUCUGGAGGAGGCCAUGGAGCUCAGAGGGAUGCGCUAUCACCCCAUCGACAUUGAGACGUCUGUGAUCAGGACGCACAAGAGCAUCACAGAGUGCGCCGUGUUCACCUGGACCAACCUGCUGGUGGUGGUGGUGGAGCUGGACGGCUCCGAGCAGGAGGCUCUGGACCUGGUCCCUCUGGUGACCAACGUGGUUCUGGAGGAGCACUACCUGAUCGUGGGCGUAGUGGUGGUGGUCGACAUCGGCGUCAUCCCCAUCAACUCCCGCGGCGAGAAGCAGCGCAUGCACCUGCGCGACGGCUUCCUGGCCGACCAGCUGGAUCCCAUUUAUGUGGCUUAUAACAUGUAGCGCCGCCUAGUGGAUUAAUAUUUAAUCUGACUAAGAGGUGCGAGCAGGAAGUCCUCCGCCCGCGCUGACCGUUUCAGCGGUGACCUUACAGACGGAGGACUUUCACCAACGUAGCAAAGAUGUUGGCUUUUACAUUUACGUGUGGCUCACUUUAAAAGAAAAACCUGCUUCCUUAACCUCUUUUUUUACACGUCCUUGUAAAAUUGUAAAUGUAAAUUUCCACUUAAAAAUCCCAAACAUACCUUGAGUUUUUGCUGCAUCAUCAUUACAAAGACCGAGCUGUGUUUAAACCAGUUUCCCCUCAACGUCGCUAUGAGGUACGUCUGAGCUUUUAUUUUUUAAACUAGCCAAACAUUUACAUCCAAACACCCGCAGCCUUUAUUUUUUCCUACAAACUAACAAACCAUCCACUUUAACCACUUGUAUUCUGUAAGUAUGUACAAAAAAGACUGACUUAAUUUAUUUUGUUUCUCUUUUAGAAAUACAAGACAUUCAAGAAUGUUUUAUUCUGAAUAUUUGCUAAUAUAAGAAGAAAAAAAACAUUAUCUAGAGUGAAACAGAGUCUUAUAUCAAGCAUAUUAUAAAAACAGAGAUUAUAUGUUGAUAGAUUAUUUUUAAAAAGUAAGAAAUAUCCCUGCAGUUACAUCUGAUCGGUUUUCCUCCAUUUUGGCACCAAUUCACUUUAAUCAACAAUUACAUCUUCUGCAUUUGGAUAUUUGAAUCAAUGUUUUAUUUUGAAAAUACCACCUAUAUUGCAUAGCAUAAAUACUUAAGAGUAAAGCCUCUAAUUUGAGUUUGUAUGUCAGUAAACAGGGACAUUCAACUGAGAUCUAAACGCUAUUCAGUUGUUGUCGCCCCCUUGUGGCCUUAUGAAGAAUUACACUUUUUAUUAUUCAGUCAGGCCCAUUUGAAAUGUCAACUUUUUAUCUUUUCCAAUCUCAAACAUGUAGAAACUAGAAACGUCACUGGAUUAUAAUCUGCCUGUCAGCCAACAGCUGCCCCCCCCCCCCCCCCCCCAGCUCUGAAAUGGUGCAUCAACUUUGACUUGUAAAUAGGAGUGAAGAGUCCGUCUUAUUUUUUCAUGUACAGAUCAAUCAGGGCUCAGCGCACAGUGAUGUCAAACAGGAGUUCUAGUGUUUUAUCAGGAACCCGUAAGGAGACGUCUUUGCUUCGGCUCAGAAUGUUCUGGUUUCACCGUUUGUGUGUUUUUAGCCAAAAAAAACCACUUUCAUUGCCGGGUUUCUUUUUCAACAACGUCCUCUGGAUUUUUUUUAAAGGUUUUAAAAAUGUCUUAUUAGAGUUGUUUCCUUUAAAUGAAUAUUUUGACAAUAAAGUAUCUUUGUUACACUGCA